AUGCUAUCCUGUACAGACCAGUUCAGGUCCAAGAAGCACCCCACAUUCAGUAAACAGUCUGUUGACACCACCUGUCACUGUGUCUCGAGGCAGGAGCCAUUCGACUUCUGCAUCUCGACCUCCUUCAGUGUCCGGAUCUGUAGGACAUAUCAGUCGUGCACGCUCACCACUUUCCCAGACCAUGACUGUCAAUCAAAUACCGGAGGAAUUGCCUAUAUGCUCAUCAAUAUCAAGGCCACCUUGAUAAUGUUGAGCGUGGCGAACAGAAAGUCUCUCCUCGUAGAAAUCAAAGAAUUAAUAGAAUCAAAAGAUUUCAAGUCAGGUCUUCAGAACCGCCUCACAGCAUGUGUGCUAUCGCCCAAUCUCACUGCAUAUGUCAAUGACACGCUUGAACAUGUCAUGGAAUUUAUGAAGAACAACAACGAGAUAUUCAAGGUCCCGAAGUUCCUGUUUGAAGACAUUGAGCUCACCGCACAAUUAUCAAAACUUGUCAGUGAAGCACUUUUGUGCAUCUGUGGCAACGUCAAGACUAAGCUGAUGUUGUCGAUCUUAAAAUGCUCAAGUAUCAUUGACACUGCAAGAUCAUUAGCCCACAGCUGCCUAGAGGUUGAUGCAUCACAUUGGAAUAGAUACACAUUUUUGUGGUGCUGCUUGCGCAUUUUUCUUAUCAGAACCGGUAACUACAAGACUAUACCUCUGAAGGAUCUUUAUUCUGCGUCGCUCCUUCCGUCUCUCCACCAGGACCUUCAUAUCAAAGUCGGUAAUGCACUUGGCAUCAAUGUCGAGUUGGAUGACCUCGACCUCGACCCCAUGACGCAAGAUGGUGCCAAUCAAGUCCAUGAGAGCAGUGCGGACAGUACGGGAGGCCAUGAAGGCACCACAGAUAAUAUGGAAGGUGGAGACAAAGAUGAUGGAGAUGACAACCAAGAUGACCUCAAGGGCAAUGUGUCCAGCACAACAGAACUUGACCCUGAUGACUCAGGAUUCGGGGGAAAUGGAAAGCGUGCUAUUUUCACCUCUACUAAAUUUUGA